CGCUGAGGCAGAAGAUCUUGAUGAUUUGGUUCGACGAUUUGAUUGUUGACCAGUAGGUGUUGUCCUGCGCGCUGCUGUGUGCAGCUUGGUGCGAUGUGGGUGUGGCAGGCUGUUUUUUCUUUCGUUUCGGUGCUUCGUGGUUCUGUCGGUGUUCUUCUCCUCCUCCUCCUGAUCCUCCUCUUCUUCCGUCCUGGUGUUCCUGUUGUUCGUUGCUGCUGUUGCGUUCUGUGCGUGCUUUUCUUCUUUUUUGGCGUCUUCCAGUGCGUCAACUGACGCGAUGGUGUGGACAGCGUCAGGGCUGUUUUUUCUUUCGUUUC